AUGAUUGGUACGAAUGGGAGCAAAAGAAAAGGCGGUGUCUGUCUGUCUGUGGCUCAUCACCUGUCUUUGUCUCCCCCACAGACGGCCCCCGCCAGGACCCCCAGUACUCAGGACGACGCCAGCUUCCCCCCAGACGGAGCUCCAGUGAAACGCUUCGACGCUUUUACGACCGGCUUUGGCCACAGCAAACGCAACUUUGAUGAGAUCGACCGCUCCGGAUUUGGCUUUGCUAAGAAGAAUUUUGACGAAAUCGAUCGCUCAGGAUUUGGCUUCAACAAAAGGAAUUUCGAUGAGAUCGACCGAUCUGGCUUUGGCUUCAACAAGAGGAACUUUGAUGAGAUCGACCGAUCUGGCUUUGGCUUCAACAAGAGGAACUUUGAUGAGAUCGACCGAUCUGGGUUUGGCUUCAACAAGAGGAACUUCGAUGAGAUCGACCGAUCUGGCUUUGGCUUCAACAAGAGGAACUUCGAUGAGAUCGACCGAUCUGGCUUUGGCUUCAACAAGCGUAACUUUGAUGAGAUCGACCGAUCUGGCUUUGGCUUCAACAAGCGUAACUUCGACGAAAUUGACCGCUCUGGCUUCGGCUUCGUGAAGAGAGUCUACGUUCCCAGGUACAUCGCUAACCUUUAUAAGCGCAACUUCGACGAGAUCGACCGAUCUGGCUUUGGCUUCAACAAGCGUAACUUUGAUGAGAUCGACCGCACUGGAUUCGGCUUCCACAAGCGAGAUUAUGAUGUGUUCCCCGACAAGAGGAAUUUUGACGAGAUUGACCGCUCUGGUUUCGGCUUCGUCCGACGCAAUGUCGAGUGAACUAGUGCCCGAGGAAGCCUCCAUCCUGGGCCCUUGUGAACCCUCCUCAGCCCCUGUGUUUGCCUCCUCUCUGAGUGAGACUGAUUAUUGUCUUAUAUAUUACUUUAAGUAGAGUUACUAACUGUAUCACACAUCGCACACUUGCUAUUUUAUCCCUGAGAAAGAAUAGUGCCCACUUUUUACCUCCUUUCUCUUAUAGAUUGCAAGAAAUGUAUAGCAAGAAACAAUAGCUGCAAGAUAUGAGGUGUUCUCCUUAUUUAGAUGGUGUGAAAUAGGCCUAGGGGGUGAGCUCUGAGACCUCCUCUCUCUGAUGUUACUCAUGGAUGGCUGGCAAUGUCCAGCUAGUAAUAAAGAAUAUUUUUAUUAA